AUGUUGAGUUCAGGAGAUACGAGUGAGGUCGAGAAAACCGGCGAACAAGAUACAACUUCGCAAGGAUUGCCCAUAUAUCGUCGCGAAGGUCGUGCGCUUGGUGUCCUCUUCGAAGAUAUUACCGUUCAUGGUGUUACUGCCGGCGAAAAACGGGCCCAGGAUCUUCUACGAAUUUUUCAAGAUGUCAUCAUCUACUGGCCAAUCGGCUUGAUACGUAAAGUUAUUCGCUCUGGCCGUUCAAUGCAUCCAACAAGACGUUUGAUACAAAACGUUUCCGGGGUUUUGCCUCCUGGUAAAACGCUCCUAGUCCUUGGCCGCCCUGGUGCUGGAUGCUCGACUCUUCUUAGUGUACUUGCAAACCAGCGUGCACCGUUCGUAGAUGUUGAGGGAGACGUACAGUAUGGUGGGAUCGCGGCUGAGGAAAUGAAAAGACUCUAUGGCUCUGAAGUGGUUUUAAACAACGAAGACGACAUCCAUUUUCCUACACUAAAUGUUCAGGAUACCAUGGAGUUUGCGUUACGCCUGCGGAAGCCAAAAUCCGACCUGAAAACAGAUGCUGAGUUUGCCGAACACUGGACUGACGAGAUUCUCGACUCUCUCGCUAUUAAGCACACGAAGUCCACAAUCGUUGGAAAUUCUUUUGUUAGGGGCAUAUCCGGGGGCGAACGCAAGCGUGUAUCAAUAGCUGAAGUUCUGAGUGCUGCCUCUGCCGUCGUAACAUGGGAUAAUCCACUGAGGGGUCUCGACAGCUCAUCUGCACUAAGUUUCAUACGCCUUCUAAAGGAGAUGUCACGGGCUACUGGAAUGUCCAAUAUCGUUACAGCCUACCAAGUCUCUGAGAGCAUUUAUAGAGAGUGCUUUGAUAAUGUUGUAUUGUUGUAUGACGGACAUCAAAUCUAUUCAGGCCCAGCCGGCGACACUGCUAAGCGUUACUUCACUGAUCUCGGCUUCGAAUGUCCUCCCCGUCAGACUACACCAGACUUCUUGACGGCCAUUACUUCGCCUGAUGAACGUCGUGUCAAACCUGGGCACACUCCUCCACCGCCACUUGAUCCGCCUAGCCUUGCUGAUGCAUUCCGAAAGAGUCAGCAUUACCAAGAUCUGCUAGGAGAGGCAGCAAAGUUUCGCGACAAGCAUUGUGACUUGGGGAGUGCCGAAGCCUUCAAGUCCGAAGUGGCUGCUUCCAAACACAAGUUCAGUCCCCCAAAAGCUCUGGCGCUCACAUCAUUCCCCACUCAAAUCAUGGUUGCUAUGCGACGACAUUACCAACUUGUCUGGGGAGGUCGCAAAUCCCUCGCCAUAGUUCUUGCAUUAAAUGCCGUGAAUGCUCUAAUCACCGGCUCUGCGUUCUACAAGAGGUCCCUAACGGCAACUGGGGGUUUCGAGCUUAGCGGUGCUCUCUUCUUCGCUCAAAUAUACUUUUGCCUAAACGCUUUGGGAGAAACCGUUUCAACCGUCCACUCACGAACGAUCCUCCAAAAGCAGCACGCUCUAGGUAUGCUGCACCCAGCCGUGUCGGCUAUCGCUCUCAAUCUAGCGGAUCUGCCCGUUUGCUUCGCGCAGACUAUUCUGUUCACGAUCCCGUAUUACUUUCUCGUCUUUGCAAAACCAACAGCCGCUGGAUACUGGUUUUUUGAACUCCUUGUAUUCGUGUUCUAUGCUAGUCAGCUGGCACUUUUCCGAAUGGUAGGCGCAUGGUCCCCGAAUGUACCGGUCGCUCUUCUCUUAGGAGGUACAGCCAUGCCAAUCAGCCUGAGUCACUCAGGUUAUGGUCCACCAUGGCCAACACUAUUAGGGUGGGAUUCUUGGAUCCGUCGAAUUAGUCCAAGUCCCUAUAACAUCACCCUGGCCAAUCAAGGUUGCCCCAUCUCCGGAAGCUCCCCGGGAUCUUCUACCGUACCAGGCUCAACGUAUCUACUCAGCCACUUCGAGUAUCGUCCAUCAAAUGCGUGGCGAAAUUUCGGACUCGUCUUGGUUUUCUGGACUAUUUAUACAGGUUUGACAGCUGUAGGUCUGACAUUAAUGACGAAAAAUAGCGGCAGUGGUGGCGGAAGUCGGGUAUUUAAACGAGGGGCGGUCAUUCCUGAUGAUAGCCGCGGUAGCGAAGAGUUGCGUGAAAAGGACUCUGAUCUGGAAUCUCAAGGAAAAUCUUUUGUCGUCCGUUCUCGGGGAAAUGUCCAGGAUUCGACCGACUCUAGCAGUACGUUAGGUACGAUUGUCACUAACGGCAACGUGGAUCCGAACAAUAGUGCUAGGCCUUCAUUCACCUUCUCAGAUGUCUCAUAUCAUGUUCAGUUUGCUGGAGAAUCUCGACAGCUACUCACGGAUGUGAGUGGAUAUGUGAAACCUGGUCAGCUUACAGCACUUAUGGGCGUUUCGGGUGCCGGAAAGACAACCCUCCUCGACACUCUUGCGCAACGUAAAGAUACGGGUGUUGUGACCGGUGAUAUGAUGAUUGGAGGCCAGCCUGUCGCCAAACUAGGGGCAGGAUUUGCGCGGGCUUGUGGAUUUUGCAUGCAACAGGACGUCCAUGAUGGUGGGGCUACGGUUCAUGAGGCUUUGAUCUUCUCGGCCAUGAUGAGAAGGCCAUUGUCCGUAUCAAAGCAAGAGAAGGAGGCACAUAUUGAAGAGGUCAUGGAGCUACUAGGACUGAGAUCGAUUGCGGAUGCGUUGAUUGGAGUUCCGGGAGAGGGAGGUCUUGGAGUCGAGGAACGAAAGCGAGUUACGAUCGGUGUGGAAUUGGCCGCAAACCCUUCUAUGUUACUAUUUCUCGACGAACCAACCUCUGGCCUUGAUAGCCAGGCUGCAUAUUCUCUCGUCACGUUUCUGCAACGUAUUGCCGCUUCCGGGGUGCCCAUAAUCUGCACGAUUCACCAGCCUUCGGCGGUCAUUUUCGAAAUGUUUGAUCAUGUUCUCCUUCUGACACGUGGAGGGCGCACCAUCUAUUUUGGUGAAACAGGUAGUAAUGCGAGCACGGUUGUAGAUUACUUUUCUCGCAAUGGGUCCGAAAUGGAUAGCAGCGCCAAUCCAGCCGAGUUUAUCUUGGAUACUGUGGCGACUCCUUCGGGGGGUGACGAUUGGUCUCGAACAUGGAACGAGUCACCUGAACGUCGCAACCUGCAAACUCAAAUAGAGGUUUUGAACUCCUCCGCCAAUGGCAACCUAAAUAUCGCUUCUGCAAACAAACCACUUCCGGCCAUGCACCAAUUUCUCAUCCUUACAUCUCGUCAUUGGCUGACCAUCUGGCGUGAUGGUGUCUAUAGUCUCAGCCGUCUCGUUAAAGCCGUAUUCAUGGGCCUCUUCUUCUCAUUCGCCUUCUACCAUGCCGCGGAUACCGAGCAAGGAACCCAGAAUCGCUUUAUUGUUCUCCUCCUCCUACCGUGGAUUAUCCCCGCCUCUGCCGACGAUCUUCAAGCAAUCUGGUAUUCCAAAUGGGCACUAUACUCAGUACGCGAGCGCUCCGGCGUUGGCUACCAUCCACUUGCCUUGUGCGCCGCUCUAGUAGCCGUUGAGAUCCCACUAGCCAUAGUCAUUUACACAAUAUAUUAUCUAUGCUGCUGGUUCACCAUAGGACUAUCCGCCCCCGGAUUCGGCUACCUACUAUUUCUCGCGCUCGGCAUAUUCGGUAUCGGCUUCUCCUUUGCAAUUGCCGCGCUCGUUUCUGAUAGUUCAGUAGCUGCGUUUGCAAAUAGUCUUAUUUGGUGCGUCUGCACGACUUUUGGUGGGGUAGCUCUUACCCACAACGACAUGCCCGCUUUCUACGCAAGAUGGCUGUUCUGGGCCGAUCCCCUGCGCUACUGGAUGGGUUCCGCCAUCUCGACUGGUGUCCAUGAUGUCCCCGUCAUUUGUACCGCUGGCGAAAUGACGGUUUUACACCCUCCGACAGGACAAAGCUGUGGUCAAUAUUUCGCAAGUUUUCUAUCGGGUACCGGGAUCGGUGGUGCGAGUAUGGGGUAUGUAGGAAAUCCCAAUGCGACGGAGAAUUGCAAUUACUGUCCGUACCAAGUCGGAGACGAUUAUGCGGUUUCCUACUCUUUCUUCUAUGGAGAAAGGGUAAGGGAUUGGGGUAUCUUUACGGCGUUUUGUGUUAGUACAUUGGCGAUUGCGUUCUUGAUGGAACGUUCAGCUUCAACAGCACCAUCAACUCUCUCAGAACCUAGUGAAACUCCAAAAACUACUACUUCUUCAUCGUUAACACCGCUUGAGACUAGUAUCAAUGUGGAGGGUGGAAGGGAGAAGGGUGCAGUCGAACGAAACUGUCGAAAUAGAAAGGAAAGGUGUUCCGGCAAUGAGCCCUGCACAUCCUGUUUCAAGCACAAUCGAGAAUGCUCGUACACGCCGUUGAAAUCACGAGGUAGGAAGAAGAAGCGUUCUCGCCUUGACUUUGAACCUCCUGAGGUCCAAGAUCCGGUGUCGAGGGCUGGUCGAACAACUCCGCACAUAACGAAUCGACCAGAAGUUCUUCGUCCACUGAUAACCAACGACAAGAAUGGGCCGCUUGCAGUCAAGCGACGUGGAGAACUGCGUUCUUCUGGGAUUGGAGUAUGUCAGACCGGCUCAGGAGCAUUCCAAUAUUAUGGACCUGCAUCCAAUAUGGCAUUGUUUCAAAGUAUUUACCAGUGCAUUUAUCGUACCACGAACCAAAACAAUGACCGGCUAGGGGCGAUGUGUGUUUGGGGGUUGGAUCAAUAUGCCUUCCCCCCCGAGCGUCCUGAAUAUCAGCACCAUAAUGAGGGAGGUACAUCCCUUCCCGUUCAUCUGAGUAAGGACCUUGGGGACUGUUUUAUUACCACCUAUUUUAAGGUUGCUCAUCCACAAUGGCCUUUUCUUCAAGUCUCCGAAAUUCGGGAAGACUGGGAAUCCUUCUGGGAACCUCCGCCGCCCGAGCGAGACGCGUAUUAUAGUAGCAAGUUAACUCGCAAAAACAUAGUAUUAAUGGUGUUGGCAAUUGGUGCAGUAAUGUCAAGUCUUUCUCCCCACAAGGAUGCCAAACUUAUGGCUAGAUGGGCAUCCUACUUGUCAUCACGUGCUAUGUUGUCAGGCUCGACUUUCGAAGACGCUUCCCUCAAAGGUGUCCAUCUACUACUUCUUAAAUCUAUAUAUGCUAUCGAACAUAUGCGUCCUAAUGACGCUUAUCUUUAUGUAGGCCACGCGUCCUUGAAUGCACUAGCAUUGGGUAUGAACAGGGCCCAGGUCGCCAAUGGUACUCGUCCCAACAUGCAUCGUCUCCGGGUGACCUUUUGGAAUCUUUACGCGACGGAAAAGCUCGUGUCCUUGUUUACUGGUCGCGCAUCCUGUUUGCGAGAUGAGUUUAUUGACACUGCUUUCCCCGAAGACCCGCCAGUCUCGGAGACGGAUAAUGGGAAUCCAGAAGAAAUCGCAGACAUGGCCUACCUCCGUGCUUUGGCGAAUCUGGGCCGUGCAGCCGAUCGUAUCAACACUGGUAUCUACUUUUGCGGUGGGGUUGCGACCGAGUCCACCAAUAUUUCCCGAGUUACCCGCGAGUGUGAAGUAGCCCUAGAAGAAGCGAUGGGGAAUCUCCCCCCUUUUCUACACUUCUUUGACUCUGCGAUGCCUCCUAGUCCUCAAUUGUGGCAUGAAGUUCAACGUACACACCUUGGGUUACAUUACUAUCACUGUAUCAUUCUUCUCCAUCGCCCAGCACAAACAUUUGUGUCCAAAUAUGCAUCAAAGGCCGAAGCUCUAAUCGAAGCCAAGGAGUUAGGAAUCACGGAUAUUUUUGGUUCCGUCGAAAAGGCCAUGUCCGCAUCCAAAAGUCUCAUUGCUCUCGCGCUCGAUACCUUAAAUACGCGUGCAACGGCAAUGAGGCAAGAUUCUGGAGCGGCCUAUAAUAUCGUAGGCGCCUGUCUCACAUUACUAUAUGAUGUUAUAGGUGGACCACAGAAGACUGCUGCCGGUAACGUCGCGGGUACAUUCAAAGCUGUUGAAGAUGGCCUUCGGUGUCUGAGCUUUAUGGAGCAUACCGGACCUAGAUGUGGGGGCUCGUUGAGUUCACGCAUAAUGUGUGUGGCCAAAGAUGCAUUUCGCUCCGUCAAAGCUCCUAAUGUAGAUGAUGACCCCAAUGACAAUGCAACAGCUGUUAAUAAUACAGCAUCAUCAUUAUCAUAUGAGCCUGUUCAGGAACACCCCGACACCAUACCUAAUACCGUUAUUGACCACGAGAUGGACACACUCCUCGGACAAUUCCCAUGGCUCGCAAACACAACCACAACCACCAACACCGCGACCCCUCAUUCUGCCGGCAACAACACAACUUCAACCUCCACUGCCGCACACCACAACCAUACCUCCGAUUUCAAUUUCGCCGCCACUUCGAUUUACGGGGGUUACUCUCAAGCCGAUACACUGCAUCAAUAUCCGACUCCCGCAUUCAACAACUCGGAUUUUCUCUACAUGCCGAGCUUUGGCUUUGAGAACUCGACGCAGCCACAAAUCCUGACGCCGGGAGUGGCCGCUACUGGUAGUGCCAGCAACACUACUCCUCAAUCGGGAGUAUAUCAGUGGCCUGAUGCCAAUGGGCAGUUUUUUUCGGAUAAUGGUGAAUCGGAUGGGAACGCUGUUCCGUGGGGUUUACUGUGA